AUGUAGUGAUUUGACGUCAGAUCCGCGCAAUCCAUCACCAACCACUCCACAUGUGAAAUCAUGUCGAAGGCCAGAAAACAAAAGCGAGCGAAAGUACUUUCCCAAGGAAAACAAAAGGGGAAAGAUGGACAACAGACUCAAGGAGGGAAAAUGCAUUCAGAGCUGUCCAUUGCACGCCAUCCCAAAGAGUAUGGAAAACCAGAAGAAAUCCGGAAGAAAAGGCUUCAGGAGCUCCAAGAAAAGCAGAGGUUGUCACGAGAACGGGAGCAGAUGAAGAGGAGAAGUCUGGACAGUUUUCAGAGAGAUAUUCUAGAGCGACAAAGAGCGUUUGAGCAGAGGGAAACUGAGAUGCAGAGUUUAGAGAAGCAUGUCAAUUUUGAAAAUGAGAAUUCAAGAAAGGCGUACUACAGGGAAUUCAAAAAGGUGGUUGAGGCCUCUGAUGUGAUUCUGGAGGUUCUGGAUGCCCGUGACCCUCUUGGCUGCCGUUGUCCUCAGGUGGAGCAGGCUGUCAUUCAGGGCGGCACUGACAAGAAAAUAGUCCUAGUGCUUAACAAGAUUGACCUGGUGUCCAAGGAGAUUGUGGAGAAAUGGAUCAAGUAUCUUCGCAAUGAAUUUCCCACUGUGGCUUUCAAAGCCUCAACGCAACAACAGAACAAGAAUUUGAAGCGAAGCAAUGUACCUGUUACCCAGGCCACCGCUGAGCUCCUAGGUAGCAGUGCCUGUGUGGGUGCGGAAUGCUUGAUGAAACUUUUGGGGAACUACUGCCGCAACCUGGACAUUAAGACAGCCAUCACUGUUGGUGUGGUUGGCUUUCCCAAUGUUGGAAAGAGCAGUCUCAUAAACAGUUUGAAGCGGGCACGUGCAUGCAAUGUUGGAGCCACACCUGGUGUAACCAAGUGCCUUCAGGAAAUACACUUGGACAAGCACAUCAAGCUUUUAGAUUGUCCUGGCAUUGUAAUGGCAACCUCGACGACUGACGCGGCCAUGAUCCUUCGGAAUUGUGUAAAGAUUGAGCAGCUUGUAGACCCUCUACCUCCAGUCGAAGCCAUCUUAAGACGCUGCAAUAAGACACAGAUCAUGGAACACUAUGGUGUUCCAGACUUCCACACAGCUCUCGAGUUCCUGGCUUUGUUGGCACAGCGACAGGGCAAGUUGAGGAAGGGAGGAGUGCCUGAUAAUGACAAGGCAGCAAAGAGUGUCCUAAUGGACUGGACAGGGGGUAGGAUCAGCUACUUUACACACCCUCCGGAGACGCACACUCUUCCCACUCAUAUCAGUGCUGAGAUUGUGGCAGAGAUGGGCAAAGCUUUCGACUGGGAGGUACUUGAGAAGGGAAACCAGGAAGUGCUAGCUGUGUCGUCUUGCACUGAUGUCCAAAUGGGUUUCUGCAUGGCAACUGCUGGGAUGACUCAGGGUGGUCAAGAAGAACCACCUUGUGAAAUGGAAGGUGGAGCUUUGGAUGAGGUUGAGUCCAAGGAUGAAACUGAAUCCAUGGAUGAUGAUGAUCAGGACCCUGAGUUUGGACCUAUGACUGUGGAGAUUAAAGCACCAAGGGCAAAGACUGGUGGUUCAGUUGAUGCUGCUGCCCCCAGGACCCUCGAUUUAAAGGAUAUCUGGAAUGUAGACCCUCUUCAGCAGGGCCAAGCACUCGUGGCUGCUGGGAAGAAGAGGAAGAAGCAACAGAAAAGAGCUGACAAAAUUGCUACCAAACUCUCAGACAGCCUGACGACGGCAAUGAACUUUGCAUUUUCAGAUAUAUGAAAAAUAAAAGGGUACCCUUUUUGGCUCCAGAUACUUGCCCCCAGACGCAAAAGCUCAGAACUGGCCAUGCCAAUAACUGUUAAAAGUGCACUGUGGAGUGAUGUGUUUUUGGAGACCUCUUUGGCCUUGAAUGCUUUUUAUUUUUUUACACGAUUUACCAGAAACCCCGGCUCAUUGGUAGUCAACGCUGGGAUGACAUAGCAUCAACAUCUGCUCUGGCUGUGGGAGAUUUGAGACUCUUGAUUUGAGGUCUUUACUCAAUUGGAUUUGCUCCUCUCCUGAAUCAUCUCUCCUCCUUCCUCUCUCCUCGAUUCCCUUUGAGGCCAGAGGAGGAGAAGGAAAGUAGACACAAAAUGCGUCAUCGGGCAAAUUACGUUAACAGGGUGGAAUUCAAAAGAAUUGACACUCCUCGACCACAUCAGUUUCCGGGUCACGGAGGAGCGAGGCAAUGGAGAGGGUGGACAGACUUUUCCCCAAAUGAGAAUUGGCCAGAAAAAGUGGAUGUGAUAACAGCUACAGAUGUGAUUGAAAAGGAGAUGAAUCAAUUUCAUUUACAAUGUCUUCAGAACAGGUGAAAUGUGAUUAUGGGUAUAGUUAUGAUUUUUGUUAUUUUAGUGUUAGGUACAUCCAGAGCCAUAUAGGCUAACUUUUAGAAUUUUUAAUAUUGUUCUAAUUCUAUAAAUUCAGUUACAAAAUAUUGUUUAAAUAUUCCCAAUGUAAUGUUAACAUGGAUGCCAUAGAAUGUUGUAGUGUCAUGUAAAUGCAUCAUAAUGCUCAUUUUAAACAUUGUUUUAUAGUAUGUUUUCUAAAACAUUCUCCAUGUAAUCUAUGGUGGUGGUUUGUAUGGAGUUUUCCUGUACUGUCCAGUAAUGGACACCAAGAAGCUAUGCUUAUUUCACUAUCUGGUGUAUUAUCUGUAGUUACUUGCAUAAAGCUAUCCCAGGAACUCCAGCCAUCCCAGAUUGAGGACAUCUCCCAAGUGCAAUUGCCUGGAGAUGGCCAGUGACUUUGACAGGUAGUGCUGCAGUCAGGGACUGUACAGAUGAGUGAGCAGGAUGGAAGGAGACACUGUCACAAAGCCUAUAACAUUGACAACUGUUCUACUAUUUAUAGUCCAGCAGACAGUUCUAAAUUCAGACGGCUAAAUACUUUAAUGCAGACUCCUGCACCUUAACACAAGUGCUGCCAUUAUAUUUGAGAAUCUUCAAAGUAGCCACCCUUUGCCUUGACAGUUUUGCACUUGGCAUUCUCAACUAGAUUCAUGAGGUAGUCAACCGGAAUACAUUACAAUUAACAGGAGUCCCUGUUAAUUGUAUUUCUUUCCUUAAUGCAUUUGAGCCAACCAGUUGUAUUGUGACAUGGUAGGAGUGGUAUAC